GACAAAGGCCUCCAAUGCCGCAAGCACCCGCGCAGCAACAGCCGCAUCAAGUGCAAGCUGAGGACCCGUCAGGACUAGACAAUUUGUACGAUGAGUAUUAUAAUCACGACGAACGCCGCAAGAGCGAGGUAUCUGCUCUUGACAUGCCUAAUUUCGAUGCCAUACCGGAGACCAACAACAAGCAUCGACGAGGCGAUUCGAUUGACGGUCAUCUGAACUCCAAUGCGCCCCAAGGUUAUCCGCCGGGCGCUCCCGCAAAUCCGAGGGCUGGGCCAAACGGAAACGCCCAGGGUCAAAUGAUGCGGAGCCGGUCGCAGCCUGAUCUCAAUGAUCAAUAUGCGAACAGUGCCUACGAGACAGCUGCAGAUGCACCUCCUAUGCCAGGUCUACCAAGAGCAAACACUGCGUUUGCAGGACCUCCUGGUCCACCAAACGGUGGUCGAGGUCGAGGACCACCUCCUAGAGGGAUGACAACGGACGGUUUGCCACGUGGACCGCUCCCUCAGGGCCAUAUGCAGGGACAGCCGCAGAACUUUGAUCCCAGGUACGGGCGUCCCCAACCAGGUGUCCAAAGGAUGUACUCGGACGAGUCGACCUAUUCAGAGCCGCCACCAAACACAAGAAAUUACUCAUCACCAGCACCAGCUGGUAAUCUAAUACCUCGACCGGGAACAGCAGCACCUGCUCCAGGCCGUAAUCCUAAUGAUCCACUAGGCAGGAGGCCUGGUACCACUCAGCCGCCAUCGAACCCAGACGCACUACCAGCGCAUCCAAUGCCCGUGCGACCCGGGUUGAUGCAACAAGGCGCACCACAACAGUUUUCCCAGCCGUCGGCACCUCAGAAUGCAAGACCGCCACCAGUUCGACAAUACAACAGUGAGCCAGGACGCCCAAGUUACGAUAACCAAAAUGCACCUGCGAAACGUAAUAGUGCACAGGAGCCAGUGCCGCAUCCGGUAACGCACGAUGAGCUGAAUAGGCUGCGGAAUGCCUGGAAGAAGUCGGACUCUUCUGAUAUUGCUACUGGCCUCAGGCUAGCAAAGAAGCUGGUCGAAGCGUCGAGCGUACUCGCUGACGAAGGAGGCACGGCCGAUGCUCGGACAAAGAGCAAGAAUCGCGAGAAGUUCAUGCACGAAGCUUACAAGGUUGUUAAGAAAUUGGUCAACAUGGGGUCUCCGGAUGCCAUGUUCUAUCUUGCUGACUGCUACGGGCAAGGGAUUCUUGGUUUGCAGGUGGACACGAAGGAAGCAUUUACUCUUUACCAGUCAGCUGCUAAAGCCGGACAUGCUGCAAGUGCAUACCGAACAGCCGUCUGCUGUGAGAUGGGCCAUGAGGAAGGUGGAGGUACAAAGAAGGAUCUGGUCAAAGCAGUGCAGUGGUACCAGCGUGCCGCAGCAUUGGGCGAUACACCUGCAAUGUACAAGAUGGGCAUGAUCCUCCUCAAGGGACAUUUGGGUCAGCAGAAGAAUUUCGGCGAGGCCAUCAACAUGCUCAAGCGCGCUGCCGACCACGCCGAUCGAGACAACCCUCACGCACUUCACGAGCUAGCACUCAUAUAUGAGUCGCAAACCGGCGCCGAACGCGUGACGCGUGACGAAGCAUACGCAGUCCAACUCUUCCACAAAGCCGCCGAACUCGGCUACAAGUUUUCUCAAUUCCGCCUUGGACAAGCUUAUGAGUAUGGCCUGUUGGGAUGUCCAAUUGAUGCGCGCACCAGUAUUGCCUGGUACACCAAGGCCGCCGCACAGGAAGAGCACCAGAGUGAACUCGCCCUAUCAGGUUGGUAUCUCACAGGCACAUCUGGUAUCCUCGAACAAAGCGACACAGAAGCCUAUCUCUGGGCGCGCAAAGCCGCAUGUGCGGAGCCACCGCUUCCAAAGGCCUUGUUCGCCAUGGGUUAUUUCACCGAAGUAGGCAUCGGUUGCAAAUCCAGUCUGGAAGAGGCCAAGCGGUGGUAUGGACGAGCUGCUGCGUACAAAUUCCCCAAAGCCCAAGAACGCCUCGAAGAGCUCAAGCGUGGCGGAAGCAAGGCCCAGAUGAAGCGUGAGCGCCUGAGUAGGACGAACCAGAAACAGCAGGAGGAGAAUUGCGUGGUCAUGUAAAACCUUUUUUUUGUGUUCAUCGAUGCAUCACCUAUGCUAUGGCCCAAUGCCAACAGCUAAAACGUAGUAGAGACAGGUAUA